UGGUAUAAAAAGUAAGAUAAAAAAUUCGAAAAUAAACCAUUACUAUUAGGUAACUAAUACACAUAAGACAAGCUUUGAAAUAAUUUUGAACUUGCAGUUUGUUUGUUCAAUCAGUGUUUUAAUUUAGUACAUGUACUAGUUAUUUCCAAAAUAUGUAUUUACUAGUUUUUAUUGCUUUAAUUUUGAGUUUUGUAACAAAACUCACAAAUUGUAAUGAAAGGCCAGUGAUUGGAAUUUUAACACAAGAAGUUUAUUGGUCGAGUUUUAAAAAUUUAGUACCACUUAAUAACUCAUAUAUAGCUGCAUCUUAUGUUAAAUCAAUUGAAGCUUCUGGAGGACAAGUCGUACCAGUUUUCACCAACAGGACUACUGAAUAUUAUAUGGAUGCAGUGAAAAAAGUGAAUGGCAUUCUGGUCCCUGGAGGAGGAUGUGCGUUUAAUAUUAGUUUUGGAAUAUGUCAAUCGACAAAUGAGAUUUUUCACAUUGUGAAACAUAUAAAUGAUGAAGGAGAUCGAUUUCCAAUACUUGGAAUUUGUUUAGGAUUUGAACUUCUUUUAAUCACAUCUAUUGAUGGAAAAAAUCCUCUAACAGCCUGUGAUUCUAUAGGCAUGAAUUUACCUCUAAAUCUUAUACCAACAAUGGAAGAAAAAAGUGUGUUAUUCAAAACAAUGCCAAAGGAUGUUCGAAACAUUCUACUUACAGAACCUGUCACAGCAAACCAUCAUAUUCAUUGUGUAACACAAAAGAACUUUACGUCAAUGAAGUUAGAUCACUUUUGGAAUCCUAUAACAAUAAAUGAAGAUGAAAAUAAUUUGACAUACAUAUCCACAGUAGAAGCUAAAAAUUAUCCAUUUGUGGGAUUACAAUUCCAUCCAGAAAAAAAUGCUUAUGAAUGGGAAAGAAAUGACCCUCAUAGUUGGUCAGCAAUAUAUUCAGCACGCUAUUUUUAUGAUUGGUUUGUCAAUGAAUGUCGUCAAAAUAAGCAUAGAUAUAUCAAACAAAGUCAGCUGGAAAAUGAAUUAAUUUAUAACUACCCUACCACUUACGUGGGGAAAUUGAAAUCUGUUUUCGAGCAAGUUUACUUAUUUGAUGAAUAAAUGUAUCAACUGUGAAUUUUAAAUAUCACAAUAGUAUUGUAGUUAUAAAUAGUUUAGUAUAUUCUUUAUUAAAAUCUAAGAUUAUAUCUGUAAAUUAUCAUUAUUAUUCAUACUUUAAUGGUUUAAUACACUAUGCACAUUGCGCAUGAACCAAGUGUCUGGCACAUUAAAAUAUUAAUAAGACUGAUAUUAAACAUAGAAUACUAUUCUA